AUGUCGGGUGUUUUUUCCGCCAUUGAUACUCCCUCUAUACCGCUCAACAAUUUCAUCCGGGCGUGGUCCACAGACUCACCCUCUAAACCCCUCAAUCUGGUGACACUCACAUCAAUUCAAACUGAGACUGUUUAUCCUACAUGGGUCUACACUAUAUCUGUCCCCGGACCUGAUUCCAGCACCACAACCACUGUGCUCGACACAUCAACACUGAACCCAACCACAGUAGCCGUGGCUCUGACAACGACUGAGCUAUCGACGACUAAGCAGAACACCAUAAUAUCGACUGUAAGCUCUACAGCGACGAUCAUCUCAGAGUCCUUGACAUCGACUCUAAUCCCAACAACCUCGGUUCUCUCAAGCUCAAUGGGGGGUUUUCCUAUUUCGGCAACUUCAGAAUCAUCCGACUAUCCUAGCAGCAUGUGGAUUCCACCGGUUCCAUUAACUAGCUCGAGGAUAUCUCUUUCAUCAUCAUCACUGCCUAUCUUGCCGGGGACAGCUAUUAGUCCCGUAAGCUCUAGCUCCUUCCGUACCUCCAGCUCGAGCACCACACCGUCAAAUACACCUUCAAUCUCACCAUCCAUCGGAACAGCCACGAGUGCAAACUCUUCAGAAACAGCCCAAGCCGAAAAUUCGAGCCCCUCCAAAGUCGGAACGAUAGUUGGAAGCAUCAUCGGAGGAUCAGCAAUCACGAUCUUCGCCCUACUAGCCUGCGCACUCUAUAUGCGUCGCCGACGACGAAAAACAGCAACAGAAAGGCUAGGCAUCCGACAGGAACUACUACGAGGUGACUCAACGAGCUCAUCAAUCAGCCACCACCACCGCUACCACUCCUACCCCUCGAUCCCAGCCAAUAUCGGCCCGAGACCACCCAUACUCCCAUUCAUCCCGCUACAACAACAGCAGCCCUCAAAUCCAGAUCUGUCUCUGGAUAGCAUGUAUCUGCGCGGCGAGACAGCGCAGGACCCCUUCGUGGACCCACCGUCCGCAGUCAUCGAGAUCUCAGCCCCAUCUCGCUCAGUCUCGAUCUACUCCACUUCUUCCCGUGAUACUAGGCUCGGUGGGCAGGGGUACUGGGACUGCGAACGUGAGGGAUCGGGUUCCCUCGCUGUACCCCAUAGGUACUUGGAUACGCCUGUGAUGCGUGAUAGCAUGCGCAGCGACCCUUUCGAUCUUGAUCUUGAGCCUCCGCCGAAUGCUCAUCAUCGGUCUUCUAUGCCUCCGAUUCCGAGUACGUGGGGUGUCAAGUUUUAG